GUUUUCCAUUCGUACUGCAGGUUUACCCUUUUGCAGAUUCCCACACCCCGCUCCAGAGGAUAUCCUGCAACCUAGGUUGCGGUCUCCCCAUGGCUCUCAAGGAAGAUUUUGACAAGGCCGCUGACGACGCAAAGACACAGGUUCCUGACAAAGCUGCCAAUGCUGACAAGCUCGCUCUGUACGGUCUUUUCAAGCAGGCAACCGUCGGAGAUGUGAACACUGGUAAGCCGGGAAUUUUCGACCAGAAAGGCCGUGCAAAGUGGGAAGCGUGGGAGAAGCAGAAAGGCAAGGAGAAAGAGACUGCCAUGAAGGAGUACAUAGCGUUGGUCGAGGAGCUGACUGCAAAGUAUGCCACAGAAGUGGCGGCUGCCAUCUGAUGCAGCUCCUUCUUUGGCGCCUCAACGGACCUAAAAUGUAGAUCAAUGGCUAUUAUUUGACAGGGCCAAAUGCGUUCUGGGUACUUGGGAUUCUGGGUGUUCAGCUUGUGGCAAUCUGACAGGCCUAGAUAAGCACUGUCUGCUAUACUCUUGGACCACCUUCAGACAUCUGGUCAUUUCAAAGAUGGCACCUUACAGAAGCUUAUGUGGCAGUUCUUUGACUGUGCGGAUGGAGAAUGAGCACAGGAUCUGCAAGCAAAUCAGCAGAGCCAGACCGCUUUGGCCGACGGGCAGAGAAAUUUAAAUUAUAUAACAGUGGUGUUGUGCUAGCUGAAUCAUGACUCAUAACGUACAAGACGUCCUUUCCAAGAUGUCUUUACAA